AUGAUUCGCUACCUCCGAAUGUUGGGAAUGGAGAUUCCGUUGUGUCUCUACAUGCUCGGAUCCUACCUCAACUAUCCGGUCUUCCAGAAUCUCAUUUACGAGAAGGAAUGUCUGAUCAAGUACCAACAGGUUAGUCUCGAAAUCGACGGGUUCAAAAAGGGGACGGAAACCUUUCAAAUUGGUAGCAUUCGCAUUGACAGAGAAUUGUCGCUUUGUGAAAUGUUUGUGAUUUCACAGUUUCAAAAUAGUGUGAUGAAGUAAUGAAUAGUUCAACCGAUUCAUUGAUUUAUCCAUGAUCGGCAUGUUAAAUCUUUUAAAAAACAUGGCUCUGUUGAGACGCUCUUUUCGCGGUGCAAAUUGAGCGGCCUCGGGGCCGAGUUUGAAAAGUUAGGCCACGUUUUCAGUGGAAAAUUACUUCGCGGCCAUACUGCGAACAGAGCGCGAUUGCAGACAAACACCGCGAUCAUAUUAUCGGGGCACCGGACAGAAAGGGCGCGCUGUUCACAAUCUGGCCGAAUUUCCGGGCCGCGAAGUAAUUUUCCACUGAAAACGCUCAAUUUGCACUGCAAAAAGAGUUUCUCAACAGAGCGCCAUUUCAACAGAGCGCCAUUCCUAUAAUAUUUGUUUGGUAAUUGUGGGCGCCGAAGUGAAUCAUUUGCAGAACGUGUCGUUCUGCCGCGACGUCGGCGCUUACUACGACGACAAGGACAUCCAGAGUGCGGCGAAUCACUUCUACUUCAUCUCCUCACUCACCCUCCUCUGCCCCUCCCUCGUCACCACUCUUCUCCUUGGCGCAGGUCAGUUUUCUCCCUCUCUCUCUCAAGUCACUGUUUCAAAAUGAGCAUUCAGUGCGGUAGUUUUACAUUCCGGUUCAGUUGAAGAAGAUUCGCUGUUCCCCUGUUUCAAAAUGGUCUUUCGGUAGCAUAGAGUGUACACUUUGACAGAGAUAAUAGUUUGCAGCAACUGACUACUGGAGCAUCAAGAUCCCGCUGAUAAUCCCGUACGUCGGCUGCAUUCUCGGCACCAUCAACUACGUGUUCCAGUCGUAUUUCAUCCACACUUCCGUCUAUUUCCUCCUUAUCAGCGACGCGCUCUUCGGACUCUGCGGCGGAUUCAUCGCCAUCAUUUGUGAGUUUGAAACGACGUGUUUUGAGGGGAAGUUGGACAAGAGACUCACUUCUAACUCUAUUCUCUUAUUUUCAGCGACAACACUGACGUACGGAGUGAAGACGAGCAUGCUCCGCUACCGUAGUUACCGUAUCGCCGGAGUCGAAGGAGCCAUCGGACUGGGAGGCACCGUCGGAUUCGCACUCUCGGGGACCAUCAGAGAGUGAGUAACAUACCUUCAAUACCCUCAUUUCAUAUUGUGUAGUACCACUGAAACCGUUCGUUUUACAUGCUGACGACUGAGCACCCAAACUCCUUGUUGUGACCUUUUAGGAACCCAGUGAAACUGAAAAGUACUGAAAUACUCAGAGCAUGCGGCUACGCGGUCACCUUCCUCAUCAUCCUCGGCCUCCAACUCGUCGCCCUCGUCUACCUGCUCGUGCUGGCCAAGGAGUCCGAGUUCGAACCCGUCCGGCCGGAUGAGCACACUUGUGGGUUCCGAUGAUAUCGAGACAGUUAGAGAUACUGUUGAGAUGUCGAACAAUCGAAAGUUUCAGAGUAUUGCGAAACAGACAUUCUAAUUCACUUGAAAGUAUGUACUAUUUCCUUUCAGCACUCAUCUCGACGACAGGCAAACAACUGAUCUCGGUGAUCCGCGAGUUCUACCGUGUGCUCACCAAAUCCCGCCCGUUUCGUCUCAUUCUUGCGCUGAAUCUGCUCGCGUUCGGCGUCGAAAUGCUCAUUUUCUCGGGACUCUCGGACAUUCAGUACUCGUAUUUGAGGUACAAACUCAAGUGGGGCGACAAGAAAUACGGCUGGUUCUCGGGCCUUUCGUACGGUAUCACGACGGCCGCCGUGCUCUUUUUGUACCCGUUGUUGCGCAUGAAAUGGAUGUCCGACGGAAUGUUGGCCAGUCUGGGAUUGUCCUUCAAAAUGGUCUCGUUGGUCAUGUUCGCCUUUGUGCAGAACGAACCGAUGGCCUAUUCGAUUGCAGGUCAGUCAACUCGAAAACGGUACACUUUGAGAGAAAGUUGUCAAUUACAAAAUUAGAGCUCUUGAAAUUUGCUACAACAUUGCAGUUGACAACUUUUUGAAAUCAUCACCGAUUCCUGAGAUAUAUGCCUUCAAAGCCAACGCUUUUUUCCAGUCGUGGUAAUGUUCAAUCGAUUCGUUUCGACCGGCUUCCGAGCGUUCAUCUCUUCUCUAAUUGACAUGCACGAACAAGGUUUCACACUUCUUCUUCUUUUUUUCUCAAAAACGUAUAAUUUCAGGGAAGAUCUUCUCGGUAAUCUCCCUGCUCGAAGGCGUCACCACUCUCGUCGCCACCUCGAUCUACAAUAAUCUCUAUCCGAAAACGCUCACCUUCUUCCCCGGAUUACUGUAUUUGAUCAGUGCGGCACUGCUUCUCGUGCCUUUCUCCAUUGUCAGGUACUGUUUCAGGAUGGUCAUAGAAAAAGUUCGGGGGUAUUUGACUUUGGUAACCGCCCUUUUUAUGGAAAUAUGUCUCAUCUGAAGCUUGGACAGUUUGUUCCGAGAAAAAUGACAUUUUGACAAGCUUGGCCUAGAAAACUCCAUCGGAUCCUAGGCCAAGAUGUGACUUUCAGCACGUUUUCAGCUCCAAACACUUAAAUCAAGUGCCAGAAAAGUCUUCAUAGUGAUCUCUGACACCGUCUAGGUCGAUGGAAAUAGAAUUCACACCGGAGUACCGAUAUCUGGUUUCGAAUUGAGUUGUUUUCAACGACUACGUACAAACGGAUAAUCCAAAAAUUCCGGUUUUGCAAGUUUUGAUCGAUCAUUCUGAACUCUUCAUGUAAACAAACGAAAAAGUGAUGAGUUCAUAGUGAUCAUUGCGAAAAUUGGAGGGAUUUCAGGUACUCUUCAUUCAAGACGACGUAUCUCAGCUGCCGGUGGAGAUAUAAAAAAGUUGUCAACUGAUAAAAUGUACAAAAUUUUUCGCCGAAUAAUUUGUUAGUUGACAAUUUUUGGAUAUCUCUACCGGCGACUGAGAUAAAUCGUGUUGAAUAAACGUUACAAGUAUUACCAUACAUUUACAGUUUCUAAGACUCGUUAUACUUUUUGUUUCUUCGAAAGAAAAACAAUAAUACUUUAUUUCAGCUCCUCCGAUUUCGUGGUCCGUUCGCGUCGGCCAGAAGUGUCGGAAGGCAUCCUGAACAGCCACAACGACGUGAUCGACGAGGCGAGCGACUCGGCCUGA